AUGUUAUCGAUUCGUGCCCUAAUCAUUUUUAUUCAAAAGCAUCGUCUUGCUCAGGUGCAGUUUUUAGUAUGUUCAGUGGAAUUCUUCAGUAUGAUAUUACUUGUGGUUCAACACACAGGCAUGCCUUUCCUAGUGAGAGCAACCAACAAGGACAAGGCUUUUCUUCCAACAACAUGUGUUUUUAUCAUGGAGAUCAUUAAAUUCACCUUAUGUUCAUCUGUGAUUUUAUACUCCUGUGGAAGUGUAACGAGCUUUGGAAGACAAUUGCACUCAACGUUGUGGAUAAACAAGGCGGAAACCCUCAAGGUCAGUGUCCCAGCUAUCGCCUAUGCUGUCCAGAAUAAUCUCUACUACAUAGCACUAGGGAAUAUAGAUGCCACAACUUACACUAUAACUUAUCAACUACGGAUAUUAACGACAGCUAUACUUACCGUGGCGAUGCUAAAAAAGGAAAUUUCCGCAUGUCAAUGGGGUGCACUAAGCUUGUCCGGUAUCGGUGUUGUACUUGUGCAGACAGACGUCUUAGAAAGCAAAGGAAGUGCAGCAGGCGGGAAUCAAUGGCUCGGAGUGCUCGCAACUGUAGGAAUGUGUUGGACGAGUGCAUUUGCUGGCGUUUAUUUUGAAAAGAUGUUGAAGUAUGCGAAUAGUAAUAUGUGGAUCCAAAACAUGCGUCUCAGCAUUAUGACGUUAGUUUUUGCUACAUUCACAAUGUGCACCAACGAUGGAGCAAAAAUUCUGGAAAAGGGGAUCUUUCAAGGAUGGACGUCACUUGUUUGGACAGCCACGAUUUCAGCUGCUCUGGGCGGAAUAGUGGUAUCUGCUGUAAUGAAAUAUGCUGACAAUGUUCGAAAAACAUACUGUCAAACUAUAGCUAUCGGACUCACUGCGGUCACAUCGAUCCUCCUCGGAGAACGAAUACUCACGUUGAAUUUGAUAACUGGAGUGACACUUGUGAUGGUUUCUCUGGCUGUAUAUGCUUUUUAUCCUCCAAAACCUCAAAAAAUUAAUAUAAUCGGAACGGGAAAACUUCCGGAAUACGAACGACUAGUUUAG